AACUUCCAAGAGGGCAAAAAGUAUAUAUAUGAAUAUAACAGCAUCCUCUUAAGUGGACUGCCUGAAAAGGGAUUGGGACUAGCUGGGCUAAACCUGAAAAGCGAAGUUGAAAUCAGUUGUUCAACAGUCACAUUUCCAGUUAUGAAGAUUUACUCAGUUACUGCGGCUGACUAUAAUGGUAGAUGGCCAAGUGAUUCAUUUAUUGAGUCCCCAGAGCUCACACAGAUUCUGGAAUCCCAACUUAGCUACCCUAUCCAGUUCCUGUACAAGAAUGGCCACAUUGGAGAUAUUUAUGCUCCACAAUCCAUGUCAGAGGACGCUUUGAACCUCUAUAAAGGUAUCAUGAACAUAUUUGAAGUGACCAUCAAAAAGCCACAGACUACCUACAAUUUGCUGGAGAUCGGAAUGAGUGGUCUCUGUAAUACCACGUACUUUAUUAAAGAAGACAAAAAAUACAACUUGAUUCACAUUACUAAGUCAACAGACUUGAAUGACUGCAAGGAAAGUAUCAACAAGAAUACUGGGUUUGCUUAUGCUGUCUACUGCAAGGAAUGCAAACCGCCCAAAAGAAACUCCCGGUCUACCUCUACUACUAGUUACAAGAUAAAAAUUUCCAAAGGGCAGCCUUUGAUUAUUUCUGCUGAGAUAAUGGAACAGCAUCAAUUUACCCCUUUUAACGAGCUGACUGGAGGGGGAGCAGUGACUGAAAUACGGAAGAAGCUAGAACUAAUUAAUGUGCAGAAAGCUUCCUCAGAAAACCAAGUAAUUACAUUUCAGAAUCGGGGUAACCUCUUUUACCGUUUUGGCAGUGAAUUGAUUCAAAUGCCUGUUCACCUCUUCAAAAUUCACAAUAUAGAGAGACAGAUAGUAGACAUAAUGGAAAAUUUGGUGGGCCACAUGAAAAAAUUGGGUCCUGGUGAAGUGCCCUCAAAAUUUCUUCAACUAGUCCAGCUCUUCCGAGUGGCUGAUGUCACCAUCAUGGAGUCAGUGUGGAAGAAAUGUGCUGGAAAAAGUAUUCACAGGAGAUUAUUUUUAGAUGUAAUUCCUGCUGUGGCCAAUAUAAAAUCUGUGAAGUUUCUAAGGCUUAAACUUGAACAGCGGGAACUCAGUCUUUGGGAGACUUUGCAGGCUGUGCUUGUGAGUCUGCAUUUCUGCACUGCAACCCAGGAAGUUAUGGAAGAAGCCAAGUUGAUCCUGGAAAACACCCGGUCAAACCCGCAGUAUCUUCUCCACAUCACCGGGUUUCUUGCUUAUGGGUCCUUGGUUUAUAGGCAUUGUGCUAACUUAGCAAUGAACUGCUCAGAAUCAUCUCUCCAGCCCCUUCAUGAUUUGUUAACUGAGGCAGCAUACAAGGGUGAUGAAGAGGAAAUCAUUCUGGCCCUGAAAUCCAUAGGGAAUGCAGGCCAUCCAGCCAGUCUAAAACAGAUCAAGAAAUUCCUGCCUGGGUUUUCAUCUGGUGCUUCUGAUCUUCCUAUCCAAAUUCUGAUUGCAGCAGCUCUCUCCCUGAGAAACAUAGGCAAGAGAAACCCCAAAGAGGUUCAAGAAAUUGCCAUUUAUGCCUUCCUCACACCCAAUGUCCCUCCCCAAGUUAAAAUUGUUCUUUCCCUGGUGAUAUUUGAAACAAUCCCAGGGAUCCCUGUUUUGGCAACCAUGGCCAACGUCAUGCUUAAGGAACGCAGCUUGCAAGUGGCCAGCUUUGUUUACUCCCAAAUGAAGGCUUUGGGGAGAAGCUCAGCUCCAGAACAUCGGUCACUGGCUUUGGCCUGUAGACUUGCUCUUAAAAUGCUGAAACCCACAGCUUACCAAACUGACUUUAACGUUAAACUCAGUAGAAGCUAUUGCUGGGACAGCUUCUCAGAAUUGCUAAUGGCUGGAUUUGCCUUAAAAUACUAUUCAUUAAAUAAGGCAGGCAGCACAAUACCCCCUGAGAUUAUUUUUGCAUUGAAGUCAAGCUUCCUUGGGAACACUGCAGAUAUCUUGGAGUUUGAAAUGCACACUGAAGAAAUGCUGGCUACAAUCCUGAAAAAAAAUCUGUCUAGAAGUGACUCAUAUAGAGUAGAUAUCAAGGAUUUCAUAAAAAUGCUUCCAGACUGGAAGGCAAUUCCUUCUGAUAAAUCACUUAUUUCUCUAUAUGUGAAGUUAUUCGGACAAGAGAUUUUUUGGCUUGAAUUUGAUAAACAAGCUAUCUGGACAGCAAUUCAGACGCUUCAACAAUCUGAAGGAAGAUUCCAGUUAAUCAAAAAAAUCCUUGACGGUCUUCAAAAUGGGUACUACUGCUGGGUAAAACCACUACUUUUCUCAGAAAUCCGUACCAUCUUGCCAACUUCCUUUGGGCUACCCAUAGAAAGGAGCUUCUAUUUCAUAUCUGUAUGGAGUCUCUCUGGAGAUGUUCAAUCUCAGAUCUCACCAGAGCCAUCUGAAAAUUUUAGAUUAAUGGACUUAUUCAAUAUGAAUAUUGAAACACAUCUACAAGCAAACCUGGGAAUUGAAAAAUAUAUUAUUGCUGUUAUGGGAGUCAACACAAAUCUUUUACAAGCUAUCAUCGAAGUUUAUGCGAAAAUUCAGGCAGAUCUCCCUUUGGAUGUGACUUCUUCACUUAAUUUUAAAGCACAAUCUUUCAAAUUUGAAUUUCCAACAUUUAUUCAUAACACUAAAACUGCCUACGUAAGGUAUCAGACAUAUGCAGUCACUAGAAAUAUCAAAGCUCCAUCAGAUGCUAAAAUGACUCCGGUGGUCAGAUUUUAUUUCCAUGACUCGUACCAAGAUCUAUUCAAUUCCACAUCUGGAUCAGAAGGCCAAGGGAUAAGAAGGGUGACACCAGCUUUAGAUAUUUCUGAAGAAAACUCCGACAGAGAUGUUGCCUCUGAUUUUAAAACGGUGUGUUAUAAUAUGAGCACCUUGGGAUUCCGACUUUGCUUUCUGUACACAAGCUUUUCAGCUGCAUACAUCAAACCAGUUCCCCUCUACUAUGUCGUCGGGGAGUAUUUUAUUAUAGUGACUAUUCAACCAGAACCAGCGAUUCAGAAAGUACAAGUGGCCAUCCAGACAGGUCCCGAGGCUCGAGCAAAGGUGGUGCAGUUAGUUCAUUUUGAAGCAGGGAACUCAUCAUCAGAGGAAAGAGACAUAUUUAAAGUAAUGGAGGAAACAGACAAGCCCACGUUCCUUGGAGACACAGUACCCCCGAUAAUGACAGUGAUAGUCCGAGCAAUUCGGACCGACAACAAGAAGCAGGGUUUUCAAGUCACCGGCUAUGUUAAUUCUGACAGAAACAACCUGCAGCUAGUGAUGGUUCCGCUGACCAGUGAAAAGUGGAAAGUCUGUGCUGAUGCAAUUGUGCUACCCCAAAAAACCAAGGGCAGUUUAAGAUGGGGCAUGGAUUGUAAGAAUUACAAAAUAGAAGUUCAGGCCACAGUGGAUCAGCUAAACAAGAAACCAGCCAUCUACAUAAAAAUAGACUGGAAAAACCUCCCACAGUUGCUUCAGACAAUAUUUGAAAAGAUUUUAAAGUAUUUGUCGGAGAUAACUGGGGAAUCCGGUUUUUCUGAAACGCAGGGGGAAAAACCAUCUCACCAAGCCAUAUUUCAGGCAAUGGCAACGUCUUCUCGGACAAUCCAUGCAGUUAUUAAAAUUCCAGAGGUAAACACUUAUUACUCAACGCUUCCAGUUCCAUUCGCUUUGCCCAUAGAAUCAUGGCCUAUGAUCAAUACUAGUACCGAGGCGGUUUGGAAUUUCUUUUCAGAAAUAGCUCUCCGGAUAAAGAAAGAGGAUGAAGCCCAGUGCGAAGUCACUGAAACUUCCUGGAAAACAUUUGAUGGCAUAGAGUUCAAUUGUUUGCAUCCUCACGAUCAUGAGCUUGUUGUAGCUGAAGAUUGCCACAUAGCCCCCAAAUUUGUAGUUCUCACAAAGAAAGAAUUUGCUAAUUCCACAAGAGAGAUUUCCCUAUUUUUGGGGAAAAGGAGAAUAGCCAUCUAUCCAUCUUCAUCGUCAAGUCUCAAUGUAACUUUGGAUGGCAGCCCACUAUUAUUAAAUGAAGCUGUAUAUGAGGAGAAAGAAGACUACAUAAAUAUUUACCAACAAAAUGGAAGCAUUAUUAUAUUAGCAUCUGAAUUUGGAUUAGAAGAAUUAGUUUACGAUGGCAAAAUCCUUAAGGUUACCAUCUCUUCUUGGAUGAGAGGGAAGACCUGUGGAAUUUGUGGAAAAGCAAAUUGGGAGACUCACGAUGAAAUGGAAAUGCCCAAUCACAAGCAGGCUCGUGACUGCACAGCUUUUUUUCAUGCAUGGUUGUUGGUAAAAGAAAACUGUGACAAAGGAUGCAAAAUACAAAGGAAGUAUGAGUUCUUGGAUCUUGUGGUGAAAGGAGAAGAAUCCACAUGUUUCUCUACUGAGCCAGUACUGAAAUGUAGGAAAGGCUGCAGAUCAGCCGAGACCACCAGGCUUGAUGUUGGCUUUCAUUGCUUCCCUAGAGAUUUGUCAAUGAGUCUGACCCAAUGGGUAAACACAAGAAACAAGCAAGCCUUUACAGAGGAUAAAGUGGAAGCCAUAGAUGCAGAUAUUAAUUGCACAUGUAUGAGAGAUCAUCCCCCACUGUGAUGCUUUACACUUCAUCUGACAGAUGCCGUAACAUCUUCAAAGGGUGUCCUGACUAUGAAGGGAAUAGGAGAAGUUUGGGAAAUGAUUUUUAAAAUAUUCUCAAAAAAUCAUAAAAGUUAAUGUAUUUCUAUAGAACCUAAUGCAUUGUAUAUGGUCAUUUUUAUAUGGUCACCUCCCUGAUGUCCUGGUCCUCUUUAGGAAUAAAAGACAAAAACCCUUUGUUUGUAUUGCUAUUAAAUAUGUAUGCAUAAGCUCUUUUUUCCUUAACAUAUGAAUGUCCACAUUUUUGUUCCUCGUACUUCAAAUGAAUAAUCCCAUCCUUCUCUCAUGAAAUGAUCCUGGUUGAAAGAUGAAAGCAUAUAGAACCUCAGUUAGCUUUAAUUAUGCCUUGUACAAGAUGGUUCCUAUUUAGGUAUAUAAAAAUGUUAUACUCAUGUGUUUUCUUUCAUAUUUACCAAAGAAAAAGAUCAUAGAAUUGUCGAGAAUGAGAGAAUUAGCGUGCUUUUUAUACCAAUGACUUUGGAGCAAAUCUUAGAGCGUAAUACAGUUGAAUCGUUAGAGGGUGGGAGGGAUUAUGAGAUCGGAGCUGCUGGGAAACUGUCCUGGAAUCAAGAAGACCUGAGUGCAAAUGCUUCCUCUAACAUGUACAUCCAGUGUAACCAUGGACAAGUCACUUUUCAAUGUUACAACAUUCUAAAACUAAAUUUACGUAAACUAGUGAUCUGUAUCAGUGAAAUAAACUUCCCAUUCCAAGAGUUCCUUACAAACAAGUAAUUACAGUCUUGGACCAAAAAAGUUAGUUAAAGCAGUAAAAGCAAUAUUGUAACAACCAUCAGUUGUGAAAGAUUGUUACUCUGAUCAAGACAAUGAUCCAAGAAAAUCCCAAAGGACACAUGAUGGAAAAUGCUCUCCAUUUUCAGACAGAGAACUGAUGAACUCUGAGAACUGAUUUAAGCUGACUUUUGUCACUUUCUCUCUGUCUCUUCAUAUAUGUGUGUGUAUAU